CUGCGUUUUUGUUGCGGCCGGGCUGUCAAAGCGAUUUUUGACAGCCCGACUUUCUUGAAUCAAAAUCUCCAAGAAUCCAGGCGAUUCUCAUUCCUCCGUUUUGGCUUUCUGGGUGUGUACGAAAUUGUUGUGAAAUUAAUUCUCAGUGUUUUUGGUGAUUGUUUGGUAUUGGCAUGAGAGUUUUGGAAUUGUAUUUUGCAUGAUGGGUUCCUUGUCUGGAGUCCUCCAAAGACCUCUAGCUGCCGCUUCUGCCGUGGCCUUAGCUUCUGUUUGGGUCGAAUUUUCCGACAAACUUCCCUCUCAUUCUGAUAAAUCUCACACCUCUUCUUCCCUGGAAGAUUCGAAAAUUCCGCAUAUUUCGGUUUCUAAGCUCGCAUACCUGUCGUUUGUCUCCAGAAUUCAAGUUCCUGUUCCGAGUGUUAACUUCCCAGUUCCUAAUAUAUCGAUUAACUUGGCUUAUUCAUCGGUCGCUUCUUCUCCUGUCCUACUUGACUUGUUUCAAUCCGCUAGGUUGGUUAAAGCACCAAAACCAACUCCGUAUCCACAUGAUUUAUCGGCUUCCUCCCCGGAUGUUAUGUACAGAUGGCAUUUGCCGGAGCCGAAUGCUGCAAACGUUGCGGGUGGUUCUGAUUGUUCGAGGACUGUGGUGGUUUUGCUAGGGUGGUUGGGAGCAAAGCAGAAGCAUCUCAAGAGGUAUGCGGAAUGGUAUACGUCGAGAAACUUUCACGUCAUUACUUUUACGUUUCCGAUGUCGGAAAUUCUCAGCUACCAAGUUGGAGGAAAAGCUGAAAAGCACAUUAACUUGCUUGUGGACCAUUUGACUGAUUGGUUAGAAGAGGAGCACGGAAAGAACCUGGUGUUCCACACUUUCAGCAACACCGGAUGGCUAACUUAUGGGGCUAUCCUUGAGAGGUUCCAAAAGCAGGAUCCUUCUUUGAUGGGAAGGAUUAGGGGCUGCAUUGUGGAUUCUGCACCCGCCGCUGCGCCUGAUCCUCAGGUAUGGGCUUCAGGCUUCUCUGCCGCCUUUCUGAAAAAGUAUAGCGUAGCAACCAAAGGAGUCGUGGGCACUAAUGAAUCAGGAACUGAAGCGUUGGCUGCCAGCAAGGAACUUGUUGAGCCAAAACCAGCAGUAACUGAAACAGCUUUGCUUGUACUUCUUGAAAAGUUUUUUGAGGUGGUUUUGAAUCUUCCUACUGUAAACAGGAGGCUUUCUGAUGUGUUAGGCUUGUUGUCCACACAACAACCAAGCUGUCCACAGUUAUACAUAUAUAGCUCAGCAGACAGGGUCAUUCCUGCGGGAUCUGUGGAGUCAUUCAUUGAGAAGCAAAGGAAGGCCGGACAUGUGGUCAGGUCUUGUAACUUUGUGUCCACACCUCAUGUUGAUCAUUUCAGAAAUGACCCUAAACUAUAUACUUCUCAGCUAACCCAGUUUUUGGAAGAUUGUGUGCUUACUGGUUGCAAGAAGUCCCCUGAGUUGUAACCGUUGAGUCACCGGCAAAUAAAUCUAAAUUCUUAGACCUGUCAAUUGUAACAAUUGAUUAAUUCAUUGGUCCAGAAUGUGUUGAAUGCAACAUGAGGAUUAGCAUGUUGUUUUCUAUUGUAUAUUGCCCACAUGUUGCAAAUAUAUUUAUAAACAGAUUACAGUUAUUUCCCAUCCUAAAUAUGGUUAAUUAUUUUGGCGUCCAA